UGUAAGUCCAACUGUUGAUUAUUUAAUAAUAAAAUGUGCACAAAAUCUUUAUGAACAUUACUUAUAUGAAAAAGAACCUGGAUAUAAUUGUGAAGUGAUAGCUAAUUGGCAGUGUGGAGUUGUAUAAUAGGAAUUCUUAGUAUGUAAAAUAAAUAACAAUAAUAGCCAUUUGAUCAUGGGGAAUCUAAAUAUGCUAUUUUAAAUAAAUGGAUAGACGAAGAUGAACCUGUACUCAAUUAUUUAUAAUGUCGUAGCAUUUUAAAACGAUUGAUAAUUUGACUGCCAAGGGAGUUAAAAUUGUUAAGUUAUAACAGCCAUCAACAGGACAAGAAACAUUUGAUGACGCUAGAUCCUCAAAAAGCCAAUCUUCAUCAAGAUUCUCUAGAAACUCAAUUGCGAAGUUCUAACAUUCUGUAAGCAAAAUGAAGCUUCUAAACAAAAUGGGUGGAUCUUCUCAAUAGAUUACAACUUUUUAAUCGGCAAUUCAAGAGGAAUACAAACCCAACCUAAUAAAAAUGCCCGAGACCAAAAAGCCUCCAACUCCAGAUGCCAUAAUAGAGCGACUUCGUGAAUAGAGAGAAUAUUAAGAACUAGACAAAUAGAAAGAGAAUGAAAGAAUGCGUAAAAUUAAGGAGGAGUAAAUCGAAUAAGAGGAGAAAAAGAAGGAGCAAUUGAAAUAAUUGAAAAAUAAGCAAUACACAUAUGAUUAUGAUGGUUAAGUAGUGUUUCUAACAACAAAGUACAUAUCUCUAAUAUAUAUAGGCCUGUAGAUUUACAGAUAAAUGAAAUACUUUAACCAGAAACAAAAACUAAUUAACCUUAGAGGAUAAUGAAGGAAGUGAAUUCGUAACCUGAAAUCAAACCAGUUAAAGAAGCGUUCGCCAAAGGAGACGAAGACAAUAAGAGACUUGAAAAAGCAGCAGCAAUCGAAUACCCAAAAUAACCUCCUUUAAUUGAAGCAAUGAAGGUUUUAUGAAUAGUUAUUCUAGUCUAAAUUAGGUACAAAUAUCAUUUUUGAUAAUGGAUACAUAAAGGAAGGUGGUGAAUUUAGGAUUGCUGAUAGAAUGAGUAAGAAAGAUUAUCAAACUAUUGUGGAUGGUUUACAAUAAAAAAAUAAGAAGUAGUACGAAGAUGAAGAAGACGGAGUUGUUGAGAAAAUGGAUUCGUAUGACUAGAAAAUAUAUGAUGCCAUCAAUCGUGAAGGAGAUAGGAAUAUCAAAAUUUCAAAUGAAUAAUAUUUUAAAUGGAUGAUGGAAGAUGAAGAUAUUAAAAAGUCAUACCAUUCAUCUUCAGCAGAUUCAGCUAAUGCAAAGAGUGUGUAUGAAAGCAAGAAACAAUCCAAAAAGUACACUCAAGAAAAGGAGAAGAUAAGUCCCAAAAAAAUAAAAUCAUAAUUUGAUAGAAUAAAUGCUUAUAAGAAUUGUAUUACUUUUCUAAUCAUUUAGUUGACGAUAUGAAAAAACCUCAAAAUCUUAAAGCUAGUAGAUUACACAAAGCAUUGAAUGAAUUUGAUUCGAAAUUGUAAAAUCCAAGAUGGGGUUAUACUGAUGAAAAAGAAAUACAACAACCAAACUCAACCAUCUAUAAAUUAAAGCAUAAAUCUGAAAGCCAACCUAAAUUACCUCCCUUAAGAUAAAAAGGGAGAAUUUGA